AUGGUUCGGAUCUUGGCCAAUGGGGAAAUUGUGCAGGAUGAUGACCCCCGCGUGAGGAAUACUACCCAGCCACGCAGUAGCACUCCUCGACAGAGCUUUCUCAAUAGGGGCCAUGGUGCCUCCCUGGGGGGUCCCGGCCCCCGCCAGCAGCAGGCAGGUGCCAGGCUGGGUGCCGCUCAGUCCCCCUUCAAUGACCUCAACCGGCAGCUGGUCAACAUGGGCUUCCCACAGUGGCAUCUGGGCAACCACGCCGUGGAGCCGGUGACCUCCAUCCUGCUCCUCUUCCUGCUCAUGAUGCUCGGCGUGCGCGGACUCCUGCUGGUGGGCCUCAUCUACCUGGUGUCCCACCUGAGUCAGCGGUGA